AUGGCCUCAACCAGCUGGGCGGACACGAUGGCGGACGAGACCUUCUGGGGAAGCCUCUUGGGGAGGGUCGUCGCCGCCGCCAAUGCGACCUUUACAUACGAAGAAUUGGUCCUCCAGAUUUCGCCGUUGAGCUUGGUACUGGCGCUAUCGCCCUUUUUCUUGCGACACUACUCCAAAUCGCCGGUGUACUUGCGGCACAUCCCAUUCCCACGCCUCAAACUGUUCGCCACCGGUUCUCUCAUAUGCCUUGAAUUCUCCAACGUUCUUCUCCGCCGCAUGCGACUCGACCCGCAAGCCGAUACCAUGGUCGCCGCAGCACUGAUCGAUCUUGUCGCUGCGCUCACCAUAGGCAUCAUUCUCUAUAUCGAGCAGCGCCACGCAAUUUGCGCAUCCUCUCUUCUUCGACUAUACCUAUUUUUCGGUUGUGUCAUUGACGCUGCCAAAUGCCAUCUUUUUUACAUUGGCGGCGGGCCGUCCUCUGCUUUAGCCAUUGCUGCUUCAGCCGGAUUUUUUCGAUUCCUUCUCCUAAGCCUGGAAAUAUUUACGACAAAGCUGUUUGUGGUUAAUGAAAAUUCGUCGGCGGCAGUCGAUCAAGAGGCUCUUCGACAAGAGAGACGGCGCCGCCGGGCCUACUUUGUGUUCCCAAGCUUUUCUAUUUCCAGACAGCUUCGCAUCUCAAUCGAAAACGGCAAUCUCAUGCCCAUUGCGGACGAGUUUGCGUCCGACCGUUUAUACGACAAGCUCAAGAAAUACUGGCAGCUGGAUGGCGAGGUCGUGGACGAGUUGGAGAAACGGCGACGCAAGGCACAAAUCGAUGGCAAACCACCGCCACAUCUCGAACUCGAGAGCCUGGCAAUGACGUGUUAUUCAGUUUGGGAGACGGAGUUCCGACGCAUGUUGGUGCCGCGGCUCGUCUUCGCCAUGUGCACAUUCAGCCAGCCAUUCAUUUUAAAAGCAGUCAUCGAUGUUGUAGGCCAAGAUCAGGUUUCCAUUUUGCGCAAAGCCUGCCUAAUCGCUGCCACCCUCGUAGCCUUUGUUGGCAUGACUAUCGGCAAGUCGUCAUAUGCGCACAUGAACUAUCUCAUGGUCACACGAUUCCGAGGCAGUAUCAUUACACAAAUCAUCGAAAAAACUCAUCGUAUUUCGUACAAGGACGCGCAUGAGUCUGCCACCGUCUCCUUGAUGAGCACAUCGAUUGACGGCAUUGCCGUUGCGCUGCCCAGAGUCGUGGAGCUCCCAAUUACAUGCUUGGAAACCUACUUUGGCAUAUACGCACUGUCAUCGUUUGUCGGCAAUUCGAGCUUCCUAGUGGUCGUUCCAGUUUUGGUCUCCAACGUCUUUUCGUGGUUUUGGGGCUUUGCAACGGAACCCGCGCUUGCUACAUGCAACGAGAGUGCUGGAGCGCGGGUAGCAAAGACUUCGUCCAUUCUCUAUCAGCUUGGCGCAAUCAAGAUGAUGGGGCUCGGUCCUGCCAUUGUCCAGCUUCUUCAACGCCUUCGAGAAGAAGAGAUCAGCCUAUCAAAGACCUAUCGAGCUCUCGAAACAGUAAGGAUGCCCUUGGUUCAAUUUGCAAACCUCGUGACACCUGUCUGGGUGGUUCACCAGGCACUUUUACGAGAGGAAUAUGCAGAAGCAGUCCCCGCCAAUGUGAUUUUCCCUAUCCUCGCUCUUGUCGCAGCAAUCCAGGGCCCUCUUGGACGACUUCUGGACAUGCACUCUACCAUGACAUCUAUGAGUAGCCGCUUCGAAGGAAUCCAGAAAUUCUUGUGUCUGCCUGAAAGAGACGAAUAUCGCUAUAUCAAGGAUAAACACGCUCCCAAGCAUCGCCGCGUGCCGCCCAGGCACGAGCUGUUUGUCCACCCUGUCGAAAUGGCCGAUGUAGACAUUGCACCUCCUGGAGUGCGGCAGCCCGUCCUCUUCCGCGUCGACUUCUCUCUAGUUCAAGGAUCAAUCACGGCAAUUGUUGGAUCCCCCGGAACGGGAAAAAGCACACUACUGCAGGGCAUGCUCGGGGAGGCUUCUCUCGUGGAAGGGGCGAUUUGUGUCCAAAACGAAGACAUGGCAAUUUGCGGCCAGGUGACCUGGUUGCAAGAUGUUUCGAUCCUGGACAAUAUCAUUGGACCUUUGCCUUAUAACGCCGAUUUCUUCCAAAGGGUCAUCAGCUGCUGCUUGCUUCAGAAUGAUCUGAGUCGUCUCCCCGGCAGAGCCGACUACAUUGUUGGCCCUGGUGGCAGAAACCUGAGUGCCGGCCAGCGCCAGAGAAUUGGAAUUGCAAGGACCGUGUACGCACGCACUGCCGUCAUGCUGUUUGAUGACCCCUUCGGCGCCCUCGAUCGGAAAACGGCCGUGUCCAUCAUCUUUCACCUAUUCGGAGCAAGUGGCCUUUUGCGCGAAAUGGGCAUCACAGUUGCUCUGGUCUCGUAUUUGCGCGAGAGCCUUGACGUCUCUGACAGAGUCCUUCUUCUCGAUGGCCGUGGCUACGCCUCGCUUGAGGACCAGCCCUUUCAGACUCCCGCCUUUGCAACGUCGGUGAAGAAUGUAUUUGGUUCUGUGCCGGAUGGCCCUUCUGAAGAAGUGGAAGAUGCGGAAAAGGAAGCGAUUCGCCGAUCCUUGGAGUUUGAAAGGCAGUCAUCUCGACUUACCAUUGGAGGAGCAGUCACUACUCAACCACCGCCAGUGUGGCUGUCCACACUCUACAUCAAGCCCGUCGGCUACGUUUCAGUCGCACUAUACGCAUUGCUCGUGUUUUGCCUCUCUUUCGGAGAGCACUUUCCCAACAUAUACCUCCGAAGUUGGUUCAAUUCUGGUGUUAACGACAACCGCUUCUUCACAGGGUAUGCUUCUGUGGCCGGUGCUACAUGCUUGCUCGGCACGUUCUCGUACUGGCUACUGUAUGUUAAACUUGCGCCACGCGCAUCGCUCGAGUUGCACAAGAAGCUUGUGAAUACCGUCGCUGGCUCAACGCUCACCUAUCUGGGAGUUGUCAACAUGGGGUCAGUUCUGACCCUGUUUGACCAAGAUGCGGGCAUGCUCUCACGACAGUUGCCGUUUUAUUCCAUGCGAACCGCAUACACUGUGUUUUCCAUCAUCAUCAAGAUUCACAUCAUCUUGUCUGGCGCCGCCUAUUUUGUUGCCAUCCUCCCACUCAUCAUGUUGGUGCUGUAUCGUCUUCAGCGCUUCUAUUUCAAAACUUCCCGUCAGCUACGAAAAUUGGAUGUGGAAGCCAAGACGCCUUUAUUCAAGCGAUUUGAAGAAACGGCUGACGGCAUCCUAUACAUGCGUGCUUUCCGUUGGCUCAAGGCCGACACCAGGAUCAGUUUUGGUCUUCUAAACAUUAGCCAAAGAGCGUUUUACUAUCUGUACUACUUCCAGCAAUGGCUGGUCGUGGUAAUUGGCCUAUUGACCAGCAGUAUUGCCGUUUCUUUCGUCUCCUAUGUGUUGUUCUUUCCCCAAAGCACGACAAAAGCAGCUAUCGGUCUGUCACUCCUAACCCUGUCUCAGUUGAGCUGGACUCUUGAGAGACUCUUUGAGGUUUCCACGCUUCUCGAAACAUCCACAGGUGCGCUUGAAAGACUACGUACUUUUCUGCAAAGAACACCCCAGGAGCCAGAGCGCGAGGUCACAGCCGCACCGCCACUGUGGCCCUCGGCGGGAACUAUUGAGAUUGUCGACGUUACGGCCAAUUAUGAGCCAGAUUCCGACACACCUCCUGCCUUGCAGCGUCUGUCACUUUUCAUUGAGCCUGGCCAGCGGGUCGGCUUGAUUGGCCGUACUGGUAGCGGCAAGACGUCGGUCCUCAAUGCUAUUCUGGGAUUCGUCGAAUACACCGGGACAAUCAAGAUUGACGGAGUCGAUCUAGCCACCCUUUCCAGGGACGAAAUUCGGUCGCGCCUGAUUACAAUAUCGGAAGACCAAGUCCGUCUUGAUGCUUCAAUCCGAGUCAACCUCCUGCCGUUCACCAUGAACAAAGCGGAGAGCAUGGAUCCCGUGCAGCUACAAAUCGAACAAGAAGAGGCUCAGCAGCAAGAUGAGAUACUGGAGGAGAUGCUGAGGCGCUUUGGCAUAUGGCCGCAGCUGCACAGAAAAGACGGCCUGAAUACUUUGCUCGACGACGCAGGCUAUUCGCCAGCCGAGAUGCAGCUUGUCUGCAUCGCCCGAGCGAUACUGCGACAGCGCGAGACGCGCAGCAAGGUUGUGCUGGUGGACGAAGUGACGAGCAGUGUUGACUUUUGGAGGCAGGGCUUCGUGCAGGAUAUAAUGCGGGAGUCGUUUCUUGGCUGCACAAUGCUCGUGGCGGCGCGCCGAGAGGAAUCGAUUCUGGACGUCAGUGUGAUUCUGGAAAUGUCUCAAGGCGUCAUUAUGCAUGCCGCCCGUAGAGACGUCUGA